AUGUCGAUAAAGCUACAUUUUAAGCUACAAAUUUCAGGAAUUUUACUGUGUUUAAUAUUUACUGUGCAUGCUGACACACCUGACAAUAAUAGCUCAUUCUCAAUAAUUGAUUGGCUUGCUGAACAGCUUAGUAUAUGGAUUUCAGGUGUAUCAUCAUUUGCUCAAAGAGAAACUAUCAAAAUAGCUGAUUUUGAUUGUAAAUACAAGUGUAAAGAUUUGAACAAAUCGCCAAACCUAAAGACAAAUUAUGUCACAUCAUCUAAUGGCUGUGGAUCUGCUAUAACAAUUCCGAGUUUUAUGGUUCCAGUUUCACUCGAAAAUUGCUGUAAUGAGCAUGAUAAAUGCUACGACACUUGUAAUAGGUCUAAAGAGAAUUGUGAUGAUGAAUUUCAGGAAUGUUUAAAUAAAAUUUGUGGAUUUGAAUUAAGCGUCCUGGAUAAUUUAUGUAAAUCAAUUUUUCCAACUAUUGUUGCUGUUGCUGGUUGUUCAGAAUAUUUAAAUGCCCAGGAUAAUGCUUGCAUUUGUGAAUUGAACUGA